UGUGCGGCAGUGUGUUAGCUUAACAUGGAGAACUCCGUCAAAAGUCGAAAAGGCCUGCGGACCCGGGCCAAAAGGAAUGACAGCGUGGAAAUGGAUGCAUUGGAGAAGACGUGCGUCAGUGGCACUAGUGGUGUCUCUGUGGCCCCCACUGCACAUCUGGCAGACAAAAGAAAAUCCCAUGAGUUGGAGAUGUGUAAGCUGAGAGUAGAGUGGCAAAAAGAGAAGAUUGAUGAACUGACCAAGGAGAGGGACUAUUUAAAAGAGCAACUGGUGUCAGCUCUUAAAAGAGAGGACACAGGUUCCAGCCAGGCGAUUCCCUUGUCUUCAGAUUCCUCUCAUGACAGCUCAGAUGAAUCUUCCUCUGAUACUGUGUCUGACUCCUCUACGUCCUCAGAGGAGGACAGGAAGAAAAAGAGGACGAAAAAAGGGAAAGGAAAAAGUAUGGGAAGAAGUCAAAGAAAAUGGAAAAGAAGACACGUCAGAGAGGUUAGAAUGCUUUUUACACUCGAACCACUCACUGGGUUAUGGUUUGCCACUGCUUACACUGCGUUCAGAAGUUUGGGAUCAGUUCGAUUUUUAAUGUUUUUUUUUAAAGAAGUUUCUGCUCUUCAAGGCUGCAUUCAUUCAAUUGAAAAUAAAGACAAAAACAGUAAUAUUGUGAAAUAUUAUUACAAUUUAAAAUAAUGGUGUUCUAUUUUAAUAUUCUUUACAAUAUAAUUUAUUCCUCUCAUCAAAGCAAAAUUUUCAUCAGUCAUUACUCUAGUCUUCAGUGUCACAUGACCCUUCAUCAGUCUUAAUACAUUGAUUAAUUAUCAGUUUUUGCUGCUUUUUCUUUUGUAACCUGUGUUUGUUUUUUUUGUUUUUUUUUUCCUGAAUUCUUUGAAUAAAAAGUUUAAAAGAACAUAAUUUAUUCAAAAUAGAAAUCCUUUGUAAUAAUAUUCAUGAACAUUUUGAUUCUUUGCACAGCUCUAUGACCAUUCAAAAGUUUAGAAUCAAUACAUUUUCUUAAAAAAAUAAUACUUUUUUUUUUUUUUGGCAAGGAUGUGUUAAAUUGAUAAGAAGUGAUAGUAAAGACUUAUAUUGUUAGAAAAGAUUGCUUUUUUUGAAUAAACGCCAUUCUUUUUAACUUAUUAUUCAUCAAAGAAUCCUGAAGGAUUCUGAUUCUGAAGGAUCAUGUGACACUGAAGACUAAUGAUGCUGAAAAUUCAGCUUUGCGUUAAAGGAACAAAUAAUAUUUAAAAAAAAAUAUAUUAAAAUUUAAAACCAUUAUUUUAAAUCGUAAUAAUAUUUCACAAUAUUACUGUUUUUCUUUAUUUUUGAUCAAAUAAAUGCAGUCUAUAUGAGCAUAAGAGACUUUUUAAAAAAAAACAUUAAAAAUCUUACUGAUCCCAAACUUUUGAACGGUAGAGUAUGUCUGCUGUAUAGACCUAGUUGUUUCUCUCUUGGCUGGUUCUUCCUGUAUGAUGUCACAUUGUGUGCGAGCCAUAAAAAUUGCAUUGGGGAUUUAGAGGAAUAACCUGGUAGACUUAACUAAAUAAGAGGGUGACUUGAGCAGCUUUUACUACAUUAAAUCAUAACUUCAUAAGUACCAGUUACUUUACUAUGGAAGAACAUACAGUAAACUACAGAAACUACCCUUAAGAGAAGUAUUAUUUGGUUAGCUAAAGCACUGUGUAAAAAAACAAACAAACCAAUAAAUCAGAUCCACAUAGCAAAAUAUCAUACCAAAUAAAAAAAAAAUAAAAAAUUAGCACACAACUAAACAACUCUGUGUCAUACUGCAGAUUGAAACAAUUUAUGAAUCAGGUGUGUGUUGUGUGUGUCAAAGGGUGUGUGAAAAUAAUAAAAACAAAUAUUAACACUAAUUCUGUUUUUUCUGAAUUAUAGCCCAAACACCACAGCAAGUGGUGGCCCGAUACAAAAAUAUUCUCCGGCACUUCAGUAGAGGAGGGACCAUGUCAGCUGCUUUCAAACA